AUGGAGUCGGCGACAUCGCAAGGAUCGGCGGACUGGUCGUCCAUGCCGACGGAGCUGCUUGUGCUGAUUCUGAACCGUCUCCGGUGGUCGAGCCACCCCAGCUUCGCCUUGGUGUGCAAACAAUGGCGCUCUGCCGUGUCGCCCUUCUACCCGGCGUGGAUAACCCCCCUCCUGCUCAUGUCCUACAACGUCGGAACCACCAACGUCCGGUACUAUAGCCCCUAUUAUCACAGGAAUUUCGAGAUCGAUAACACCUUGCCCGGCGCCAAGAUCGUCUGCUCCGCCGGACAACACCUCGCUCUACACCUGGAUGGCAACCGAAUCCUCGACGUCGAGCUUAUGAGCGGCGCCGUCCAUGAGCUGCCACCGAUUGAUGAGGAGGUGCUCAGGGCAACGCUCCACUCUGUCGUCUAUGACGGCAUGGGCACCAUGUACGCUCUUGACCCGUUGUAUGGCAGGAUGAGGAUUAUCCGUUCAAUCAGAAACAACGUCGGCAUGUGGGAGGACUGGAACUACGCAGAGCUCGAUCUCGACGAUCCUAUGAUCAUGUCUUCACCAGACGGCAACCCGGUCCUCCACAACGGCUCGAUGCACAUAUUAUUUGAAGACGGAAGGCUGGGAGUGUACGACGACAGAAGGCAAAUGGGAAGUUUCGAAAUUCUCGAGAAGCCUCUGAGCUUUGGGUUUGAGUACGAAUAUAGCUACCUGGUCGAGGAUGACGAAGGUGUGCUCAUGGCUGUCCUCUUCGGCCGUCAUGGCGAAGGUGAACACGAAGAUAGUUACCCGAUCAACGUCGUCAAGCUCAACGAGCACACAAUGGAGUGGGAAAAUGUGGAAAACCUUGAGGGAAGAGCCGUGUUCACCGGCACGCCCACCACGGUGAUGAAGAAGACCAACGUCAAGUGGAUGCAGAACAAGGUUUUCCUUCCGAGAUUCUGCGAUUGGCCUGAGACCGUCCGUGUUGACCUUGUUCAGCGCGAUGGCGAAUUCGCUUUCGUUCCAAAACAAGGAUGCACUGAAAAAAAGAUUAAGACCAGCAAUUGUGGCACAGACAUAUGGUCUUACGAACUGGGACAACAUGAGGAGGAAGCAAGAGAAUAUGUGAAUGUACUUUAUACUAUCUGGGUUGAUUUCGAUAGUAGUUAA